GGCAAGGCUGACGAGUAGCUCUUUUCUCUUCCCCCAUUACUGUCUGCUAUCGAUGAUUCGCUGAGCACCUCCAAUCAAAAUUCAUCUGUUUGAUGAAGCCAGCGAGAUUAGUUCCAAGAGCAAUUGCUUUCUGGCCCAGGCGACACAAGUCAGCGGCCCCUCCCUUCCUUCGAAGCCGUCGGCCUCAGCUCCUUCACGCGCGCCUUCAGCACCCACGGUGCUUUACACCUGCGGUCCAAGUUAACACGCAACACCGAUUCAUUAACAUGUCCUACGAGAACAUCACACCGGUCCGGCAGGAUGAGCAGGAAGUUGCUCAGCUUGUGGAGAGCCUCGAAGAGGCCAGGAAGAGAGGCAAAGCUGAGAGCAAGAGGACCUUCACCUGCAAGAAGUCGACAUUCGAUGUGGACAAGACUGACGGCAUCAGAGUGAACUCUUGGAAGUUCAUGGACUGGGAUUACCGACGUCACGAUCUCCCUACUUACGCUCGAGGUCUUUUCACCACCCAAAGGAAGGACGGUACACAUGAAAUCGCGGUCCGGGGAUACGAUAAAUUCUUCAACAUUGAGGAGGUCAACGCGACAAAAUGGAGGAAUAUUGAAAUGAACACACGAGGGCCGUACGAGCUCAGCGUGAAAGAGAAUGGGUGCAUCAUUUUCAUCUCUGGGCUCGAAGACGGAACUCUUCUGGUCUGCAGUAAGCACUCGACGGGUGUUCGAAAUGAUGCGGAAGUGAGCCACGCCCAGGCCGGUGAACGGUGGGUCGAGAGGCAUGUGAAGUCUGUUGGGAAAUCUGUCAAGGACUUGGCACGAGAAUUGCGCAGACUCAAUGUGACGGCAGUCGGCGAGCUCUGUGACGACAGCUUCGAAGAGCAUGUCCUUGCAUACGACGAGGCGGUCUCAGGGAUCUAUCUACACGGUCUCAACUUCAACGUUCCGAAGUUCGCCACGUGCUCCAGCGCAGAAGUCCACGCCUUCGCCGACUCGUGGGGCUUCAAGAAGGCUAACUUCGUUGUGUACGAGGACCUCGACCAGGUGAAGAAGUUCCUUGAGGAGUGUGCAGAGACCGGAACAUGGGAUGGUCGCGAGACCGAAGGGUUUGUGAUUCGCUGCCAGAUGGGUGAAGGUGGCCGUCCUCCCUACCAUGACUGGUUCUUCAAGUACAAGUUUGAAGAGCCUUACUUGAUGUACAGGCAGUGGCGCGAGUGCACCAAAGCGAUCAUCGCCGGCAAAUAUCCUAAUAUCAAGAAGCACAAGAAGAUCACGGAACUGUAUCUACAGUAUGCUCGCAGACAGCUCGCACAGAACCCGCACCUAGGGGAGCAGUAUAACAAGAACCACGGGAUCAUCGCUAUGCGAGAAGGCUUUCUUCAGGAGCACGGGAUGAACGGUUCUGAAAUCAUCCAAAUGGAAUCUGAAGACUCAAAGGAGGAAGUUGUAAGAGAUGUUGUCUUGGUCCCUGUAGCUUCCCUGGGAUGCGGAAAGACCACCGUGGGUCUUGCUUUGGUCAAAUUGUUCAACUGGGGUCAAGUGCAGAACGACAACAUCCCGAAACAGAAGAACAAACCCAAAAAGUUCGCCAUGGAUAUAAACAAACUGCUUGCCAUACAUCCGGUGGUGGUUGCGGACCGAAACAAUCACCAGAAACGCGAACGCGAGCAGCUCAUACAGGAUGUCUCCGCAGGGGUUCCCAGGGCUCGAUUCAUCGCUCUUCACUACGUCCACGACCCCAAGCAGGAGAUGCUCCCUGGUAUUCGCGAGGUUACGAGACAGCGGGUACUGAAUCGUGGCGACAACCACCAGACGAUCCGUGCAGGCACCAAGAACACAGAAGAGAUCAUCGGGAUCAUGGAGGGGUUCCUUACUCGCUUUGAGGGCGUGAACACGGACCGUGUCCCAGAUUCAGACUUCGACGAGGUCAUUGAUCUGGAUGUCGCAGCUUCUUCGCGGGAGAAUCUCGAGACAGUCGUGAAAGCCCUACACUCGUCCUACCCCAAACUGGUGAAGGAGGUUCCCACCGCACAGCAGCUCGACGACGCCAUCAAUUGGGCGAUGAACGACUACCAGGUGGAGCUCGACCUCAGCCAGGGUUACAGCUCAGCCAAACAGGUCCAGAAACAGAAGAACAAGAGCAACAACAAAAUCAGCACCCCCGAUAACACGGUAGCCCCGACUGCCGAGGAUCUGGCCAAGAAGCUCGAGUACUUCUGCAUCAGCCUGCCGGCGGCCGAGAUCACGAACGUUCUGCAGUCGCUAUUCCCGCCUUCCACCGACCCCGAGCGAGCCCGCAUCUACCAUCAGCUCGCGCGAUCGCGCCGCAUCCAGCCCGCCUUCCAUGUCACGUUGAUCCAUCGUGCCUCGAAGAGAGACAGCCCCGACAUCUGGGAGGGGUACACCCGCCACUACGUCGAGAAGAUGAAGAGCAAGCCCGAAUCCGACCCCACCAUCACCCCCACCCUGGCGCCCGCCCGCGUGCGUCUUGAGCGCCUCAUCUGGGAUAACCGCCUCAUGGCGUUCGUCGCGCGCAUCAUGCCCCCAGAGGACGGGAGCCAGGGCGACUGGCCGUGCGCCAACGAGACCCCCCACAUCACGGUCGGCACUGUCUCCCAGGAGGUCAAGCCGGUGGAGAGCAACGAUCUGCUGAAGCGGUGGCAUGAAGUGGGCUCGGGCGGCGAGACUGGCAUUUGGGAAGCGGAGAUUCCAGGCGUCAAAGUCGUUCAUGGCUCGGUAGGGAUGGUGAUGAGUCGGGGAAAGUAGGGGGAUUCAAAGGUGGUGCGGUACAUGCAAUCCACCCCGAGAACACCAAGGAGUGCAUAUCAGGCUGCUGGUGGACAUGGGCCGUGCAGAAAGACCCGGAGAUCCUCGACGACUCGCGCUUCCAGUCUAAGGAGGGGAAAAGAAACGACCAAGAUAGGUGGCGUGCCGAUGAAAAGCGAAGAUGUUAGUAGAUGUAUUGCAGUGAUUAGAGCAGACACAGAUCUGUCCAGGCUUAUCCUGAGCAUGCCAUAGUAUCAGCUACCCAGAAGACUUU